AUGACGAUCGCCAUCACAAUGAUGUUCUGGGCCUACGAGUACAAGCACAUCCGGCCAAGCGGAAGGAUUGCGCGCCACGGGGAACGGCUGACCCUCUGUCUCUGCAUUGCGGUCAGCGACGAGCAGCCCCAGGGCCGCACAACAGCAUCGCAAGCGAGAGCAUCGCCCUACUGUAUCUUUACGACCCGCUACGGCACGAGCACCAAUGCCCAUGGAGGUUGGUAUCUCAAGCGCAUCGGCUCCUUCACCAGGAUCACGCCACGAUUCAACAUCAUGGGUAAAGACGGCGCCUACGUCGGCACGCACCCCAAGAAGAAGGGUCACGACAUCAUCCUGCAGUUUCGAACACUCAGUGCGCGCAGCAUCCCGAGACCUCGAGCCAAGGUAACAGGACCUGAGCCCUCCAGCCCCAACUGCCGUGGUGCCGACAGCAUGCAUAACGCCAACGGCUCGACCCCCUCUCCGAGCGCCGCCAACAGCCUCGCUGACGCAUUCAAGAGAGCAGCACACAGCGCGGAGGAGAUCCCGUUGCCGACUGUCGUGGACCAGGAUGAGGUCGCGGAAGCCACGGUUCCUGACACGUGCCCAAGAGACACACCAUCGGGCCUGGCCGACGACGGGCGCGAGGUACGCGAAGAAGGAGAGAGGACCGGCGACCUGCCAGGCAACGGCGCUAUAUGCUCUCGACGCGAAGGUCCUGUGCCUGAGGAGGGAGACAGAAUCAUGGUCAUGAAGGAAGCUUGGUUGCAGCUCGUCAUGAACCGUCUAAAGACUCUGGAGAUCCGCGGUGCGCCGGCUGCGUUGGGGAGAACUUGGCUGGGCUGCAAUGGCCAAAUUCACGGAGCAGCCAACAUCGUCAACUGCAGCAUCAUCACGGAGGCAGACUUCCAAGCCACAAGAGCGCAGCACAGGCACUUGGGAGAAAUGCCCAACUACAAGAAAACGUACGCCCUGACUCUGCAAGAUGUGACGCAGCUCGAGCCAAGCAUCGACUACUAUCGGCUGCCAGCCACAUCGCCGUGGGCGGUGUUUCGCACCGGACCAACUGGCAAAGCGCGUCGGUCGGGGGCGCAGAAAAGAACUUUGGAGCAAGCGCAUGACACGAAGCCAUGCGAAGACAUGCCGACGGAGCUCCGAGCCGAAGCCAGCCCGUUGCCGCUGACAUCCGGCAUGGUGGACCAAGAAGAGCCUUCCCUCGGGGCAGGAGACCGGACGGACGAGCAUGACGACAGGAACAAGGAGUGA